AUGGGAGGAAAAAGUAAAUGGUUUCCGGUGGCGAUGUCUGUUUUAAUGGUGAUAACCGGAUCGCUAAACACAAUCUUCGCGAAAUGGACUGAUCUGAUAGAGGCCGAUGGCGUGCCAUUCAACCACCCAUUCCUUCAGGCGCUAUGUAUGUUUUUCGGUAUGCUGCUGUGUUUGGGUGCUUACUUCGUAAAUUAUGGUUGCCGAAAAUAUAACUGGAAAAGGAACAAAUCUGGGGGAGGACAACUCGCGGAGGAACCUAGAUUUCCGCGGUUUAAUCCGUUUGUGUUUCUGCUGCCUGCAAUCUGCGACAUUAUUUCGACAUCACUCCUCUACAUAGGACUGAAUCUUACAACAGCAAGCAGUUAUCAGAUGUUGCAAGGGGCACUUAUUGUAUGUACCGGUUUAUUGUCCAUCUUCAUGGUGAAUGCUCGUAUUCAAGGAUACAAAUGGUUGGGAAUGCUUUUGGUAGUUCUAGGAUUGGUCGUAAUAGGAGUGACGGACAUUUACUGUGGUGAAAGUACUGAACAGAAGGAUGGUGUUAUCGUAGGGAAUUUUCUCUGUGUUAUAUCGCAAGUUGCAGUAGCACUUCAACUCGUACUAGAACAAAAAUAUUUACUUAGGUACGAUGUUGAGCCAUUAUUCGCCGUAGGGCUGGAAGGUGUUUAUGGAUUUAUUCUUCUAAUAGUCAGCCUCGUACCCCUCUAUUAUAUUCAUGUUCCAUCGACAUUCUCCACAAAUCCGCUCGGACGCCUUGAGGAUAUCAUCUACGCCUGGGAUCAAAUAUGUACCGAGCCCAUUAUUGCGGUUGCCUUAACCGGUACCAUUAUUAGCAUUGCAUUCUUCAACUUUGCCGGAAUAAGCGUCACCAAAGAACUCUCGGCAACCACUCGAACAGUGAUUGACAGUGUCAGAACAGUCAUAAUUUGGGGAGUCAGUAUACCACUCUUCCACGAGAAGUUUAUUCCCUUCCAGAUUAUUGGCUUCAUGCUCCUUAUUCUUGGUAUGUGUAUUCACAACGAUAUAAUUGUUGGUCCGUGGUACCGUCGAACUCUCAUGCCCAGUGUAUACAACAAGUAUCCGGGAAGAUGCGCGGUAUGUUGCUUCGCGUUCUGGGAUGUUGAGAGAGAGGGAGGGGAGCAUAAAUCAGAAGCAGAAGAUGAUACAGUGGCACCGGUGACAAAUGGAUGCCCGGAAACACCAGAAGAAAUGUCUUACUCGGAAAUUAAGGACCAAGCUGCAUCAUGA